AUGCUUAAAGCUGCCAUUGGGUGUCCCGAGGGUGACCAGGUUAUCCCCAAGAUCGAGUCGCUUCUUAAUCUUGAGAAGUAUCCAUGGCUGGCCGUGGUGAUCACUCAGGAUUGGCAUCCCAAAGACCAUUGCCUGUUUGCCCAGAAACACAAUGUUGAGCCAUUUACAGAUAUUGAGUUUGAGCAUCCGCUAGGCGAGAAGAAUUGCAAGACUGGCGAGGUGAAGAAACACCUUCAGACGGUAUGGCCCGAGCACUGCGUUCAGGGGACUCCAGGUGCCGAGACAAACCCACGGAUUUUGGAGAAGCUCGAGAAUUCUGUGGCUAAGGUGGUUCCUACAGCGAUCGUGAAGAAGGGCUAUAUUUCAGAUCGAGAGUAUUACCUGUGCUUCACUGACUGCUGGAAGAUUCAUCAUACAGAGAUAGGCGACUUCUUGGUGGAGAAUAGUAUAACAGACGUUGUUUUCGUAGGCUUGGCCUACGACUUCUGUGUUCUACAUUCUGCGAUUCAAAACCUUUGUGGUGAGAGACUGCUGCAAGAGCGUCUUCUCUGGACUGAAUGA